GGGAGAGAGAGAUAAAUUGCAGACGUCCACGUCAGAACAUUUUCAUUCCACAGGUCUGGCCAUGGAGCUCAGAGGAGUGUGCGUGCUUCUGGGAGUUCUGCUGCUGGUGAACUGCUCGCUGCAGCAGACUGCAGCCAGGAAGAAGCUGGUGAAAAAAGAAACGACCAAAGAUGCUGCCAUCGAGGAGCUGCAGAAACAGAUCAACGACAUUGUGGAGCAGCUCAGCCACCUGAAGGAGCAACAGGCCCUGCAGACAGUCUGUUUGAAAGGCAUAAAGUUCCUUGGCAAGUGUUUCCUAGCUGACCCCGUGAAGAAGCGCUAUCACACCGCCAGCGAGGACUGCAACGCCAUGGGCGGAGUCCUGGGCACGCCCUCAUCCGACGACGAGAACAACCAGCUCAGGGACUACAUCCGCCAGAGCAUCGGCCCGGACGAGCAGAUCUGGCUGGGCUUCAACGACAUGAUCACCGAGGGCACCUGGACUGACCACACCACCUCCGGAAUCACAUACAGGAACUGGGACACCUCCAACUCCCGGGCCCCUCAGCCGGAUGGCGGCAAGGCCCAGAACUGUGCCAGUCUGUCCGGGGCCGCCCGCGGGAAGUGGUUUGACGAGAACUGUCGUGACGAGAAGGCGUCCGUCUGUCAGUUCAACAUUGUUUGAACACAUUUAUCACAUCAGUGACUCUGCAUGCUCCGAGCUGCUUUAUCCUUGUACUCUUGCUGCAACGCCACUUUUCCUGCUACUUAAAAAAAAAAAGCCAGUGGUUCUCAGCUGGUUUUGCACCAGAAACCAAAUUAAAAGGUGAUGAAGUGGUUAUUUCUCACAAAAUAGACCUGGUGAUGUGUAAUUUGCAGCAUUCUCCGAAGUCACUGUUAAAACCAUGGAAACCCAAAAAGUUAAUUUGAGAGUAAUUAAGAAAUUAUGGGAUAUUUGUCUUAUUUCCAAGGCGUGUGUAAUUUUGCAUUUUCUAUAAUUUAUUUAAAAGGAAUAUGGCACACACAUUUUAUUUUCUCCAAUAACAUAAAACAUAAGCAGGCUGUUAGAUGUCCAUGAUUCAAAAUACCAAAGUUCCAGCAGUAAGAGCUGUGUGAAGGUCCUGGCACCUUUCACAGUCAUAAAAAACUUGGUGUUACUUCACUUAUCCACAUCUCGAUUACAAAAAGCUCCUCACCUCACUGGUUGAGAGCCGCUGGUUUAAACUCAGGCCUCCAUUCACAAAAAAACAACUACUGUAGUUUCCCCGACCAGACUCACAUGGAGCAAGAAUAAUAUAUAAGAUGCAUAAAGAAAACAAACAUCUUAAUUGAGAUUUUUUUUUAAGAUUACUUCUGUUGGCUAGUUUUUGUAGUCUCCUGUAAUGUCAAGCCUGAUAUAAGCUGAAGAAAAAAAUCAAUAAAAUACAGAAGAAUGUUCCUAUA